GCAGUGGGGGGCCCAACUCCCAAAAACACAGUGCUGGUUUGGUAGUAGGUUAGUGUGCCAGUAGUCUGUUCCCCCCACCCGCACCACCUGUGCCUGGUAGGGAUCCAGUUACAGUGUGUAGGAUUCAGUCUUGGGGGUCUUGGAAGGCAAAGUGAAGGGGCGGGGGAGUUACGGUGUUUUUAAUUAAUGCCGUGUCUAGACUAUAACAUUUACGAAGUGCCCACUGAGUGCACUUUUUAGGGCGAUUUGCCCCUCUCGUUGUGUUGCGUUGGGCCUAUUUCUUGCCGUGUUGGAUCAAAAGACUCCGGGGAGGGGGUCGCGACUGACAGUCUUGCAACUUUGAUGGCAGAGUCACUGUCUGUUUAUCCGCUCAGUGAGUCCUUCAAACGGAGACAGCGAAACAUUCUUAAUGCUAUGUCGGCCCAAUCGAAGGUGGAGCUCACAAUUGCCUGUGAGAACCUGCUGGACAUGGACAUCUUCUCCAAAUCGGACCCACUGUGCGUGCUGUAUGUGAACCCAUCCGGAACGCAGUGGUCUGAGGCAGGCCGCACUGAGAUGGUGCUGAACUGCCUCAGCCCUCAUUUUUCCAAAAAGUUUCUCCUGGACUACUAUUUCGAGGUGGUACAGAAAGUUAAGUUCGAGCUUUAUGACAUCGACAACGCCUCAGACGAUCUCAGCAAACAAGACUUCCUGGGCGAGUUUGAGGCCACCCUUGGUCAGAUUGUGUCCAGUAGGAGACUGACCCGCCCAUUGGUCCUGAAGACUGGCCUGCCAGCAGGAAGAGGAACCAUCACGAUUUAUGCGGAGGAGAUCAAGGACAGCAGUGUGGUGAAAUUUGAAGUCGAGGCCAGAAAACUGGACAGGAAGGAUUUCUUUGGGAAGUCUGAUCCGUUCCUGGAGUUCCACAGGUACACAGAGACUGGAUGGCACCUGGCCCACCGGACAGAGAUGGUAAAAAGGAACUUGAACCCUCGUUGGAGACCCUUCAAGAUCCCAUUACAGGGUCUGUGUGGAGGGGAUCUGGCAGAACCAGUUAAGGUGGAGUGCUACGACUAUAACAUAAAUGGGUCACAUGCCUUCAUUGGGAUGUUUACGACUUCACUUAGACGUUUGAAAGAGGCCUCAUACAGCUCACCAGCUGAAUUUGAAUGCAUAAAUCCGAAGAAGAAGAAGCGGAAGAGGAGGUACAAGAACUCAGGGGUUGUGAUCUUCAAGCGGUGUGAGAUUGUGAAGGAGUACACAUUCCUGGACUACAUCAUGGGAGGAUGCCAGCUCAACUUCACGGUGGGUGUGGAUUUCACAGGGUCUAACGGUGACCCUUACUCUCCGGAUUCGCUGCACUACAUCAGUCCUGAUGGGGUCAACGAGUACCUCAGUGCUAUUUGGUCUGUCGGCCAAGUCAUCCAGGACUAUGACAGUGACAAUCUGUUUCCUGCAUUUGGGUUUGGAGCUCAGCUUCCACCUGACGGGGAGGUGUCUCAUUGCUUUCCUAUGAAUUUCAACCCCGAAAACCCUGACUGUCGAGGUAUUGACGGCAUUGUGGAGGCCUACAGGAUGUGCCUGCCGCGGGUAAAACUCUUUGGUCCCACAAACUUCUCACCAAUCAUCAACCAAGUGUCAGAGUGCGCACAGCAGGCAGCCAAUCAGAAAUUAGCAGCGAAUUACUUUGUCCUGCUGAUCAUCACAGACGGUGAGAUCACGGACAUGUACCAGACGUGCUCGGCCAUAGUGCACGCGGCACGUCUACCCAUGUCCAUCAUCAUCGUGGGGGUGGGCCAGGCCAACUUCGACAACAUGGAGAUCCUGGACGGUGACGACAAGCGACUGACCGCUCCCAACGGCGAGGCAGCAGCCCGGGAUAUUGUGCAGUUUGUGCCCUUCCGGGAUUUCAAGAAUUCUGGCCAUGAGGCUUUAGCUCGGAGUGUGUUGGCUGAGCUACCAGAACAGGUGGCCUCCUACUUCCGAAUGGUCGAACUGAAGCCAGUCCUUGAUCCUCAUGCCUCUUCUGCUGAAUCCUCAGUAUCUCCCUCCAAUCCUGGCCCUCCUUCCUCCGCACCUCCCUCCAACCCUGGCCCUCCUCCCUCCGCACCUUUUCCAUCCUCUGCACCUCCUCCUCCCACCUCACUAUUCUCUCCCUCCGCUCCUGGCGAUCCCUCCCUUCCCGUGGUUCCUUCCGCUCCUGACUCUGAGGAUGACAUUGACGACUGCAUUGGCCUGAAGACAACAAAUUGUCAUGACGCCUUCCCCUCCGCCCCUAUCUACCCCUCUAUUCCUGUCUGCUCCUCCGCUCCUGGUCCUAAGGAAGAAAGCACUCAGAAUCAACAUGCCUUUGUCUACGAGAAAUCUUUAUGUAAUGAUGCCUCUCUUGCCGAUGCCGUCUCCCCCUCUGCUCCCAUCUGCCCUCCCUCUCCUACCUGCCCUCUUUCUCCUGUGGGUUCCUCUUCUCCCAUUCGCUCCUCCUCUCCUGUCCGCUCCUCAUCUCCUGUUCGCUCUUCUUCUCCUGUCCGCUCCUCAUCUCCUGUUCGCUCUUCUUCUCCUGUCCGCUCCUCAUCUCCUGUUCGCUCUUCUUCUCCUGUUCGCUCCUCCUCUCCUGUCCGCUCCUCAUCUCCUGUUCGCUCCUCUUCUCCUGUCCGCUCCUCAUCUCCUGUCUCUUCCUCGUGGGGAGGUGGCACUGAUGACUGAUGACCAAGAUAUGUCUCCCUGAUGGUUUUUGGGUCUCUCAGCUCAUCUCUCAAUUCAACGUGACCAAGGUCUCUGCCUCCCACAUCUUCACAGAGUUGAUUUUGUGCCAAAUUGCCUCUCGCCUAGUGACUAUAACAUGAAACGUAUACUUUGGUACGGCAUCGUUAGCGAAGCUUUAAACGGAUUCGCAUUGGUGAACUGCAUGUGAUAGGCCAGCACAGCUGUCCUGUUCACCGUGCUAUAGCCUUUUCACAAUGACUCAAUGCACAGAUGGAAAAACACUGAACAAAGGGAAAACAACAACAUGCCCAGAAUACGUUGUUAAUGAAGGACAGAUUUUGUGUCCUUUUGGAUUCUCUCUGAUGCAACAACACUAGACCAGCUUGCCAGGCAAAAAUACAACAACAAAAACUCCUGCUGCUAUUGUUAAAAAAAAUGGUUUAAAUUAACUUAAGUUAGUAUCUGGGCUACCUAAGUUUUGUAAGUUGACUUGAAAUGAUAAGUUAAUAAUAUUAUUAUUAAUAAUAAAUUGUGAAUUUCCACUUACAAAAGUAAUUUGGGUCAACUUACUAAGGUUAGGCAGCCCAGACAUUAAUUAUAGUUAGUUUAAGCCAUUUUGUACAGUGUUGGUCUAGUUUACUGGGCUAGCUCUCAACUGUUGAAUGGUCAUUAUUUCUCAGGUCUAACCCUGUAAGCUGCCAAACAACUCCUCUCAGCUUUUGCCUCAAUACACAUGUACUGUAUGUCUUACAAAAGUUUGACCCUAUAUGAGUUGGUUUACGUUGUUUUUAUAGUGAAAUAAAAAUGAUAGACUAAUAUAUAAAUAUGAAUAUUCAGUCAAUAUUUAUUUUCCAAAUUUAAGUUAGGAGACAUGGAAUGUUUGUACAUGACUAAUACAAUAGCAUAAUCUCAUAUUAUUUUUAUGCAUGAGAGUAUAAACUUGUAAGAUUGCUACACACUACUUGAGAGAGUUGAUGUCUGGCCCAUGGGUAUGAUGUCUCAAGAUACAGGUAUAUGAGUGAUUCUACAAUUCCCCUACGCUUUUGGCAAAAGCAAAAUGUCAAUUAUUAGGUUUUUUUUUCAACUAAAUGACCUAGAUGUUUACAUAGUGUAUUUCAGACCGUGACACGGUUAACACAGUUUUCGUGGACACACACAAAAUGGCAAAUUUCAUGUAUAAUGGAAAGGACAGUGGUCUUUCUGACAGUUUUGUCAUAUUGUGAUGAUUACUGUGAAUCAACAUUUGCAUCGUCUUGGGCAAAACAAGUUUCUUUACAUGCUAAUAUGAAGACUGAAUCUGACAUUUGGAAAACAGGACGGCAUGAAAACGCCCAAAACGUAUUAAAUAUUCAUUCUUGCUGAGGGAAAUAAUGCUAUGUCUACACUGUCUGUAUUAUAUGAAAGAUAAAUGUUUUCUAAUGUCCAAAACAUCAUUGGAUGCAGUUAAUAGUUAGUGGAAUUGCCAAAUAAAAUCCACGGACUUAAAAGUGUAGGCGAAUUAGAGAAUCACUCAUAUG